GUGCUAUUCUUAACUUACCAGAGGUUGUGUUACACCUCACGUGGCGACCUGGUAAGUCGGCGGAGCUGGCGCCCUCAGACGCCCUCCGGUGGGUGCUCGAGACGGUGGUGUGCUCGACAAGGUGUGCUCGUGGUGGUGCAGUGAAGAGCGACUUGAACAUCCAGAGGGGAUUUGCUAUUAUUCUGAGAAUCAGACGACUUUAGGCACUCACCACCAACAUGCCCGGCCACGUUAAGAAGUCCACGGGUCCUGACCCGGAUCCCACCGAGUUCUUGUUCAUCUCCAGGGAGAUGAGGCUACAGGAUCAAUCAAAGCCUUACGAUGCAAAGAAAUCUUGUUGGGUUCCCCAUCCCGAAGAGGGCUUUGUUGAAGGUUUGAUCCAAGGCACCAAGGGCGACCUUGUCACCGUUAUGGCCAACGGUGAGACCAAGAACUGGAAGAAGGAUCAGGUGGGUCAGGUCAACCCUCCCAAGUACGAAAAAUGUGAGGACAUGUCCAACUUGACCUACCUUAACGACGCCUCCGUCCUCUACAACUUGAAGUCCCGUUACGUCAACAGGCUCAUCUACACCUACUCUGGUCUCUUCUGUAUCGCCAUCAACCCCUACAAGCGCUACCCCAUCUACACCAACCGUGUGGUCAAGAUCUACCAGUGCAAGAGGCGUAAUGAGGUGCCUCCCCAUCUCUUUGCCAUUGCUGACGGUGCUUACAUGAACAUGAUGCAAGGUGGUGAGAACCAGUCUAUGCUUAUCACCGGUGAGUCUGGUGCUGGUAAGACUGAGAACACUAAGAAGGUACUCUCCUAUUUCGCCAACGUCGGCGCAACGGAAAAGAAACCCGGCGAAGCAGAAAAGCAGAACCUGGAGGACCAGAUCAUCCAGACCAACCCUGUACUGGAGGCCUUCGGUAACGCCAAGACCACCCGUAACGACAACUCCUCCCGCUUCGGUAAGUUCAUCCGUAUCCACUUCCAACCCAACGGCAAGCUGUCUGGUGCUGAUAUUGAGGUCUACCUGCUGGAGAAGGCUCGUGUUAUCUCCCAACAACCCGCCGAGCGUUCCUACCAUAUCUUCUACGAGAUGAUGUCCGACCAGAUCGCAGCAAUCAAACCCAUGUGUUUCCUUAGCAACGAUAUCUACGAUUAUCACUACGUGUCUCAGGGCAAGGUCACCGUCCCCUCCAUUGAUGACGGCGAGGACAUGCAGUUCUGUCACGACGCCUUCGACAUCCUGGGUUUCACUCCCACAGAGGUUGAGAAUGUGUACAAAGUCACAGCCGCUGUCAUGCACAUGGGUGAGAUGAAGUUCAAACAAAGGGGUCGCGAGGAGCAGGCCGAGGCUGACGGCACUGAGACUGGUGAUAAAGUUGCCAAGUUGCUCGGCACAGAAGGUGAGGACUUGUACAGGAACCUUACUAAGCCCAAGAUCAAGGUCGGCGCUGAGUUCGUAGCCAAGGGUAUGAACGUGGAUCAGUGCUAUUACUCCGUCGGUGCCCUGGCCAAGGGUCUCUUCGAUCGUGUCUUCAAGUUCCUGGUGGCCAAGUGUAACCAGACUCUGGAGACUGGCCUGAAGCGUGCAUCCUUCAUUGGUGUGCUCGAUAUUGCUGGUUUCGAGAUCUUCGAUUACAACGGCUUCGAGCAGAUCUGUAUCAACUUCUGUAACGAGAAGCUGCAGCAGUUCUUCAACCAUCACAUGUUUGUGCUGGAGCAGGAAGAGUACAAGAGGGAAGGCAUCAACUGGGUCUUCGUGGACUUCGGUAUGGAUCUGCAAGCCUGCAUUGAGCUCUUCGAGAAGAAAAUGGGUCUGCUCUCCAUCCUAGAGGAAGAGUCCAUGUUCCCCAAGGCUACUGACAAGACCUUCCAGGAUAAGUUGAACGCCAACCAUCUUGGCAAGUCCCCAGUGUUCAUUAAGCCUAAGCCACCAAAGGCUGGUCAAGUUGAGGGCCACUUCGCCAUCGUUCACUACGCUGGUACUGUCACUUACAACUUGACUGGCUGGCUGGAGAAGAACAAGGAUCCCCUCAACGACACUGUCGUCGACCAGCUCAAGAAGUCAAACAACGAACUUGUCGUCACUAUCUUCCUUGACCAUCCCGGACAAUCUGGUGGUGGUGACGCUAAAGGUGGUCGUGGUGCGAAAUCUGGCUCCUUCAAGACUGUGUCAUCUGGAUACAGGGACCAGCUGAACAACCUGAUGAAGACUCUGAACUCCACCCACCCUCACUUCAUCCGUUGCAUCGUCCCCAACGAGACCAAGACUCCUGGUAAGACUGAGGCUGGUUUGAUCAUGCAUCAGCUGACCUGUAACGGUGUACUUGAGGGCAUUAGGAUCUGUCGCAAAGGCUUCCCUAACAGGAUGUUGUACCCUGACUUCAAGCACCGCUACAAGAUCCUGGCUUCCCAGGAGAUGUCAGCCAUCCCUGACGACAAGAAGGCAGCCAAGGCUUGCUUUGACAAGGCUGGUCUGGACGAAGAGCUCUACCGCCUCGGCAACACCAAGGUAUUCUUCCGCGCUGGUGUCUUGGGUACCCUGGAGGAGAUCCGUGAAGAACGUGUUUCAAAGAUGACCUCCUGGCUGCAGGCUUGGAUUCGAGGCUUCAAGAGCCGUAAGUACUACAAGAAGCUCCAAGAUCAACGUGUUGCUCUUAUUGUCGUCCAACGCAACCUAAGAAAGUACAAGAAGAUGCAGGGAUGGCCAUGGUACAAGUUCUGGAACAUGAUCAAGCCCCGUCUUAAUGUCACUCGUAUUGAUGAUGAGAUUAACGCCCUCGAAAGUCAAGCUGAAAAGUGUACUGCAGAAUAUGAGAAAGAGUUGAAGGCGCGCCAGGCACUGGAAGUUACGUACCAGGCUCUUCUAGAUGAAAAGAACACUCUGGCUUCUGCUCUUGAGUCAAGCAAAGGCGGCAUGUCUGAGUUCUAUGAGAAGACAGCCAAACUUGAAGGUCAAAAGGCAGAUCUUGAAGCUCAGUUGAAUGAAGUUACUGAACGUCUGCGUAAGGAAGAAGAAGCCCGUAAUCAACUCAACCAAGGAAAGAGGAAGACCGAACAGGAGCUUUCAAACCUGAAGAAGGAUCUUGAGGCUAUCGAAGCAGCGCUUCAGAAGACUGAGCAAGACAAGGCCACGAAAGAUCAACAGAUUCAAACUCUUAAUGAGGAAGUCGCUCACCAGGAAGAGCUUAUUAACAAGGUCAACAAGGAGAAGAAGCAACUCCAAGAAGGCAAUCAGAAGACUGCUGAGGAUUAUCAGAGCAUUGAAGAUAAGUGCAAUCAUUACACAAACCUGAAGUCAAAACUCGAACAAACCCUGGACGAACUCGAGGAUUCUCUUGAGCGAGAAAAGAAACUGCGCAGUGACGUCGAGAAGGCAAAGAGGAAGGUUGAAGGCGACCUUAAACUUACCCAGGAAGCCAUCUCUGAUCUGGAACGAAACCACAAAGACCUUGAAAGUACAAUCCACCGCAAGGACAAGGAAUAUUCUGCUCUGAUUGCUAAGGUUGAAGAGGAGCAGGGUCAGUAUCUCAAGAUACAGAGGCAAAUCAGAGAACAACAAAGCCGCAUCGAGGAGCUUGAAGGAGAGGUUGAGCACGAGCACCAAGCCCGCGCUAAGGUUGAAAAGUCUAAAGUGAGUCUUGCUCGAGAGCUUUCAGAGCUUGGAGACCGUCUGGAUGAAGCCGGUGGAGCCACAGCUGGCCAGAUCGAGCUGAAUAAGAAACGAGAAACUGAACUGGCUAAGCUUCGUCAUGAUCUUGAGGAAGUCAACUUGCACCAUGACUCUGCAGUCAGUCUUCUUCGCAAAAAGCAUAAUGAUGCCAUCACGGAAUUGUCAGAACAGAUCGAACAUCUCAACAAGAUGAAGGCCAGGAUGGAGAAGGAUAAGGAUACUCUCAAACGUGAUGCCGAGGAUGCUAAAGCCGCUUACGAUUCUAUUUUCCGUGAUAAGAACGCAGCGGAGAAGACUGCCAAGCAGCUUCAACAGCAGGCGGCGGAGAUUCACGCUAGGAUUGACGAGUCCAACCGAACCCUCAGCGAGUAUGAUGCCACCAAGAAAAAACUUGCCACUGAGAAUGCAGAUCUUGUGCGCCAGUUGGAGGAAGCUGAGAGCCAGAUUGGUCAGCUAUCCAAGCUCAAGCUGUCUCUCACUAAUCAGCUUGAGGACAACCGUAAACUCGCUGACGAAGAAAGCAGGGAGCGUGCAACUCUUCUUGGUAAAUAUCGCAAUCUUGAGCACGACAUUCAGAGCCUUCGCGAACAACUUGAUGUUGAGAGCGAAGCUAAGGCCGACGUCCAGCGCCUGCUGUCUAAGGCUAAUGCUGAUGCACAAGUGUGGCGCUCGAAAUAUGAAUCUGAGGGUGUUGCCCGUGCCGAAGAGCUUGAAGCUGCUCGUUUGAAGCUUGCUGCCCGUCUAGAUGAAGCCGAAUCACAGAUUGAUCAGUUGAAUGUCAGAAAUUUGAGCCUUGAGAAGUCCAAGCAGAAGUUGUUCGCGGACUACGAAGAGGCCCAAAUUGCUGCUGAGCGUGCUCAAACCCUGGCUGCAGCCACCGAAAAGAAGCAGAGGAACUUUGAUAAGAUCAUCGCUGAAUGGAAACUGAAGGUUGAUGACCUUGCUGCUGAUCUUGAUGCUUCUCAAAAGGAGUGCCGCAACUAUUCCUCUGAGCACUUCCGUAUUAAGGCUGCUUAUGAGGAAAAUCUGGAACAUUAUGACUCUGCCCGUCGUGAAAACAAGAAUCUUUCUGAUGAGAUCAAGGACUUGCUGGACCAGGUAACAGAAGGUGGUCGAUCAUACCACGAGCUGGAAAAGACUUUCAAGAGGCUGGAAGUUGAUAAGGAAGAACUACAGGCUGCUCUUGAAGAAGCUGAAGCCGCCCUUGAACAAGAAGAGAAUAAGGUACUUCGUGGCCAGCUAGAGCUCAGUCAAGUUAGGCAGGAGAUUGACAGGCGUAUCCAAGAGAAGGAGGAAGAGUUUGACAACACCCGUAAAUGCCACCAACAAGCCAUGGAUUCCAUGCAAGCUUCUCUUGAAUCCGAAGCUAAGGCAAAGGCUGAGGCACUUCGUGUGAAGAAGAAGCUCGAGUCGGACAUCAACGAGCUCGAGAUUGCUCUUGAUCAUUCCAAUAAGGCAUACGUUGAUCUGCAAAAGAGCCUCAAGAAGCUCCAAAACGAGUAUAAGGAUACCCAGCUGAGGGUUGAGGAAGAACAAAGGGUUGCUUCUGAGUACCGUGAACAGUACGGUAUUUCUGAACGCCGUGCUAAUGCUAUUCACGGCGAGCUAGAGGAAACUCGUACUCUUAUUGAGCAAUCAGAUCGCGGACGUCGUCAAGCCGAGACUGAAGUUCAUGAAGCUCGUGAACAGCAUUCCUCGCUCUACGAGCAGUACAACAGCUUGACCCUUGCAAAGAGGAAGCUUGAGAGUGAAACUCAGACUCUCCAGGCUGACUAUGAAGAGAUGCUGAACGAGGCCAAGAACUCCGAGGACAAGGCUAAGAAGGCCAUGGUUGACGCCGCUCGCCUGGCUGAUGAACUCCGCGCUGAGCAGGAACACGCUCAGAACCUGGAAAAGAUUCGCAAGGGACUGGAAGUUUCUUACAAGGGACUCCAAGUCAAACUUGAGGAGAGCCAGACUACAGCGCAGAAAACAGUGAAGAAAUCCCUGGGUAAGCUGGAACUCCGUGUCCGCGAGCUGGAAAGUCAGCUGGACGAUGAGUCUCGCCGUCACUCUGAUGCCCAGAAGAACCUGAGGAAGUGUGAGAGGCGCAUCAAGGAGCUCACCUUCCAGUCCGACGAGGACAAGAAGAACCACGACAAGAUGCAGGACCUUGUUGACAAGCUGCAACAGAAGAUCAAGACCUACAAGCGCCAGAUCGAGGAGGCUGAGGAAAUCGCCGCUCUCAACUUGGCUAAAUACCGCAAGGUCCAGCAGGAGUUGGAAGGUGUGACAACAGUAGUGAGCCAGAGUUCUCACAGUUCUAUCGUCCGCUCACAUGUUGUUCAGAUCUUUGAAGGGUAAAUUAAAACCAAUGUUAUAAUGAAAAACUUAUCUGUUGAUGUAAAAUCUAGUCUCUGCCAUCUUAAAAAUGUUCAACUGCUAAUCCUGGGAUCACUUAGCUAAAGAUAAGCAAGUGAUGUGGGAAGACAUAACAUUGGCACUUCUAACAAGGCUGUACAGAACAUCAAAAUAAAGAAUGUAAAAUCCUAUAAACUUGCGUCUGCUCACCUCCUCUCUGGUUGCCGUUCUUGUUAUGUCUCUUGAAGAGUUAAGUUAAUAAAUAUUUUGAAGUGUAAA